GAAGGUUUAUACAUUUUGUGCAGCAAACACUUAAACCUUUUUGGAAUUUUGAGAACAAUUUGGAUGCACUUUUAAAAUGGCUGCCAUUGAAGACUUUGUCCAUUUACAAAACAGCCACCAUGGUGGGAAUGGCCACUUCCCAAACAAUACACUACUUUUCAAAUCUCUGGUUAUGGAGACCCGCCUGCUCAUUCCGCUCUACAUUAUUUCAUUCUUCCAAGCGUCAGGAGCCAGGCAGAAUUCUUCAGUUCUGGAUUGUUUAUAUGACUCAUUUGAGACAGUCAUUUGCACCUGGAUCCCUGUGAAAAAUGCUACGAAAGGGCAAUGCCAACUCACUGCUUCGGUCGAAUAUGGGAAACCACCUACGACAUGUCAAAUGAAUGGCACAAGUAUAAGGAGCUGUAAACUGAUUCUUGAGGAUUACAGCUUGACUAUUGUAGACACCAUUUUCUUCGUUGUGUCUUGCUAUACUGGGGAGAAGUGGACAGAGAUUCAUAAUCAGACAAUGAAACCAUUUCAGAACAUCCAGCUUCAGCCUCCUUGCAACUUUCAACUGGCAAAUGCCCACAAGCCUUCCUACAAUUUAACAUGGACACUUUGUGUUGUCUCCCACUACCUACAUGAAAAGCUGGAAUACGAAAUACGGUAUAGAGCAACUUCUCAUGGUGAGAAUGACACAAUCCUGCCCAUAAUUCAGGAUCAGAAAUGGCUAGUAUUGGAGAACCUUUCUCCUGACACAGUGUUUGAGGCAGCCAUUCGUGUCAAAGUAAAACAGAUGAAAUUUUACAACAGCGUAUGGAGCAGAUGGAGCAUGCCUCCUUUAAGAUGGAGGACAGAUCCUAAAGGGUGCAAAAAGUCUCAUGAGGAAUUUUUAAUCAGUAUACUUUUUCAGGAACUUUUGGGGCAACAGGCUACAUCUGGAAUUUAUAAGAGCAAAUGUGAUAUAAUGGUUAUGUGUUGGGUUAGGAUUGAACUAGGAAAAACACAAGUUCAGGUCUUUCUUCAGACAUGGAAGUUCACUGAGAAUAUUGAGCCAGAGUCUAUCUCUUAG